AAAACGUUAACCGGAAGUCUCGUGCUGAGUGUCGCGGGAUUGACCAGCAGUCACUCAGCGGACUCUCCGUCUCUGUCCAUCCCGCAGCAGCUCGCUGCGCCCCGACAGGAUCAGCUGCGCGGACUGAACCGAAGUGAGCCGAACCGGGAACAGGAGCCGUUCCGACCUCAGUCUGAUCUGCGGGGACUCUGCAGCCGCGCGUCCGCCUGUAUGGAGCCUCAGGGCGGCCCGAGGCGGAGGAUCGUCCCGCUGCUGGUUCUGCUGCUCUGCUGCUCCGCCGCUCCGGGUCGCGCCGAGAGGGUGUGUCACUGCAGCGGGAAGUCCUUCUGUCACUGUGACGGGGUCAAAGGUCAAAAGGGUGAAGCUGGGUAUCUUGGAUACGACGGACUUCCUGGAGUUACUGGUUACCCUGGCAAUGAGGGCCACCAGGGCCCACCUGGAGAAAAGGGUGAGUGGGGAGCAGCAGGAGGUCCAGGACUGAAAGGCUCUCGGGGUCUUCCAGGAAAACCAGGUUUCCCAGGACCUCCAGGACUGCCGGGAAUCCCCGGACACGAAGGACCAAUCGGCCGACCAGGAGUCCACGGAUGCAACGGGACAAAGGGGGAUGUUGGUUACCCAGGGUUUCCCGGGAAUCCAGGACCUGUCGGCGUUACAGGUCCACCAGGAGUGCGAGGUGAAAAGGGAGACUCGCACGUCUUUCCCGACACGCAGGCGAUUAAAGGAGCAGUAGGACCACCAGGACCCGUCGGAGAAAACGGGCUGAGUGGAAAUCCAGGUGACCCAGGCAUGCCGGGACUACCAGGACCCACCGGAUAUCCUGGGAGUCCAGGGCUGCAGGGGUUACAAGGAGAGAAGGGUCAGGAGGGUCCCAGUCCAGUGAUACCAGGUCCCAGAGGAGAGAGGGGUGAUCGCGGCCCGCCAGGGAGGCCCGGACAGAAAGGAAUCAAACUGUACGCUGAAGGACCCAAAGAACUGAAGGGAGAACCAGGCGAAGCUGGACUAAAAGGUUGUCCUGGACUUCCUGGUUUGCCAGGGAAACAGGGGAUUAAAGGAGAGAAGGGCGGGCGAGGUGAUCCUGGCUCACUGGGUAAACCCGGGAAGGAUGGAUUAUAUGGACAGCUGGGAGAAAAGGGAGACCCAGGUGUUCAAGGGUACCUGGGCCCUCCAGGUAUCGACGGAGCCACAGGAGAGAAAGGGGAUCAAGGUCUUCCAGGGCUUCCUGGAGAGAUGGUCUGGAAUCACAGAUUCCUGAAGGGCCAGCUCGGGGUCCCCGGGCCCCGCGGACCCCCAGGAGACCCUGGAGAACAAGGACUCAUUGGUUUUCCUGGAUUUCGGGGCGUGCCAGGUGCCGCUGCAGAUGGUCCACCAGGCCCCCAGGGGCCACCCGGCUCGUCUGGACCCAGAGGAGAACCAGGAGACCCGGGGCCCGUUGUCACUGGGUCCCCUGGACAGACUGGAGUCCCAGGAGGUCGUGGAGUUGAAGGAGAACCAGGAGAACCAGGAAUACCAGAUUUCCUGCCGGGAGACAUUGGUGUUACUGGAACUAAAGGUUCAAAAGGACUGACGGGGUUUCCUGGAACCAGAGGGGAUGGCGGGGAGACCGGUGAUAAGGGGGAGAUGUGCUUCCGCUGCCAAAUUGUUUCCAGCUCCCCCGGACCUCCAGGUAAACCAGGAGAGACAGGUGAACAAGGGGUGACAGGUUCAGUCGGUGUUUCAGGACCCAAAGGUCAUAAAGGGGUCAAAGGUUUUGGAGGACCAGCUGGUCCACAGGGCCCCUAUGGUAUCCCCGGCCUCCCGGGGACUCCAGGACCUGUUGGUGACCCAGGGGUCAUGCAGAGAGUGGGGCAGAAGGGUGAGGCAGGGGACCAGGGACUGCCAGGACCACCAGGUUUUGAGGGGAAAGAUGGACGUCAAGGAGUUACAGGACCAAAAGGUGUUGUGGGACAGAAAGGAAACCCUGGGCCUCUCGCGCCAAAAGGUAACAUGGGCCCGAUCGGGGAGACUGGUCCCAGAGGACUAUUAGGACAGACGGGACCUUCAGGACCUCCUGGAAUUGGGGCUCCAGGACCUCCAGGACCUCAAGGCAAUGUGGGAGUCGUGGGACAGCCAGGAGAUCCUGGAAAACAAGGGGAAAAAGGUUCUCCAGGUGAAAUCAGAACCUUUCCAGGAGAUCCAGGACAGAAGGGGGAGAAAGGUUUAUCUGGAAACACCGGAUCUGAUGGUGUGACAGGAGCUCCAGGUGUUCCUGGAUCUGUUGGUCCAAAGGGAGAACAAGGAGAUGUAGGAUUUUCAGUCCAGGGGCCUCCAGGCUUUCCAGGGGUCAAAGGAUUCAAGGGCGUUCCAGGAGCUCCAGGUUUACCAAGUUUUGGGAUCAAGGGACGGGCGGGGCCAUCAGGCCCUCCAGGGAUGCCGGGCCCCAAGGGGGACGGGGGUAUCGGUUUCCCGGGUCAGCAGGGUCAGUCAGGCCCCCUGGGAGAAGAUGGCUCCGUGGGGCCCCAAGGAAACCCCGGACCCCAAGGACCAGAUGGAGCCCCAGGACCUCCAGGACAAGACGGACCAUCAGGAUCACAAGGUCAGACUGGUCUGGAUGGUGUGCCUGGUCCUGUUGGUUCUGUUGGACUGUGUUCACCUGGAGAUCCUGGACCUGAAGGAGAGCAGGGACGGAUGGGUGUUAUUGGAUUCACAGGGACCCGGGGCCCAAAAGGUGUGCAGGGUGACCCUGGGCUUUCCGGCGUCGGAGUCCCAGGACCUCAGGGGCUUCUCGGUGCACCAGGAUUUGAUGGAAUUCCAGGGCCUGUAGGAGGAGUUGGACUGAAGGGCCUGAGAGGGACUGAUGGGGAUCCAGGAAGCCCAGGUAUCAGAGGGGAUGUGGGUCCUACAGGAGCCCUUGGGAGUCCAGGGGAUGAUGGGAAACCAGGGGAGACUGGAGAACCAGGACCGCAAGGUGAGGUGGGUGUGGAUGGGCUCAGUGGUACUCGGGGGCCGCAGGGGGUUCAGGGGGACCGAGGAGACACCGGACCAAAAGGAUUUCAGAUAGCUGUAGAGACACAUGGAGAUCCUGGAGACCCUGGAGGACCUGGGCCCGCAGGUUUCACUGGUGCUAAAGGAGAAAGGGGCCUCCCAGGGCCACAGGGCCCCGACGGCAGCAACGGUAGACCUGGUAAUCCCGGGCCGCGAGGACUUCCUGGAGACCCCGGCAGAGAUGGAGUGAGAGGUCUUCCUGGUCCAAUUGGACUCAAGGGUGACCAAGGAGAGAUGGGGAUGCCAGGUUGUAAAGGUCAGAAAGGUGACCUAGGUCCUUGUGGGCAACCUGGUUCAGAUGGGCAACCAGGACUAGUUGGACCUAAAGGUCCUAAAGGAGAAUCGAGUCCACCUGGACCAGGACUUAAAGGACUUCCAGGAGAGAAGGGGAUUCCAGGAUGUCUUGGAUUUCCUGGUGUGAAGGGGAAACAAGGGGAAAGUGGAAACAUAGGUCCACCAGGAAAUUGUGGCCCCUGUGGCCCCAAAGGGCAUGUUGGACCCCCAGGAUUCAGAGGUCAGCCUGGGCCUGCUGGUGAAAGGGGUUCUGAUGGCCCUCCAGGGGAAAAUGGUCCUCCGGGGCCCAACGGCCUCACAGGUAACAAGGGGGCUCCUGGAGAUCCCGGUCCAGCUGGUCCCAGAGGAAACCAGGGACAGGAUGGGAUACCUGGACCUCCUGGAGAGAAAGGAGCCAUGGGAGCUUCUGGAAUUGGACCCCGAGGUCAAGAUGGGGAGAAAGGUCAACCUGGGUGUGCUGGUGAGAAGGGUCCUCCUGGCCCCUGUGGUCCUCCUGGUCCAUGUGGUCCUGCGGGAGACCCAGGUUGUCCUGGUCCUCCUGGACCACCUGGUCUUCCUGGUUGUUCUGGCAGCGAGGGAAUCUGCACUGAAGGAGGCAAAGGAGAAACUGGAUUCCCUGGAGUACAAGGACCCAAAGGUCCGCCGGGCUGUCAGGGUCCUCCUGGUCCUCCAGGUCCUGGUUUUAAAGGAGAUAAGGGAUGUAACGGAGCAACAGGUGACCCAGGACCAUCUGGUGGCCCUGGUGACCCUGGCUUACCAGGAUACCCGGGUAGGGAUGGACCGCCAGGCACAUGUGGACACAAAGGCCUGAUGGGACCAGAUGGUAUCAAAGGACCUGUUGGUCAGAAAGGGGAGUGCGGACCCCCAGGUAACUGCGGACCACCGGGAUGUCCAGGACCACCUGGGAGGAGCGGCAAGAAAGGGAAAGACGUACCCAUUGAGGUGUUGGCGACGCCAGGAGAUAAAGGCUCAGCUGGAGAUCCAGGACCCAAAGGACAAAUCGGACCCCCAGGGGCUCCAGGGAGACCUGGAGGUCCAGGUCUUAAGGGCAGCGGAGGAAGUGAUGGUAAAAAAGGACAGGGUGGUCGUCCUGGACUGAAAGGGGACAAGGGAGAACAAGGAUUCCCCGGACAAAAGGGUUCCGCAGGUCAACGAGGUGACGUCGGCCGUAAAGGCAUUAAGGGUAAUCAAGGUUUCUGCGAGAGUGCACCAGAGAUGGACGGCUUCAUUUUCACCAGACACAGCCAGGAACGCAAUAUCCCAGAAUGCCCUGCAGGAUCGGCUCAGAUAUACGACGGAUACUCGCUGCUGUUCAUCAACGGAAACAACCGAGCUCACGGACAAGACUUGGGUACAUUAGGGAGUUGUUUACCUCGUUUUACCACCAUGCCCUUCCUGUUCUGUAGCCCUGACAGCACCUGUCUCUACGCCGAACGCAAUGGCUACUCCUAUUGGCUGUCCACCGAUGAAGCACUGCCAAGCGGCGAGCCGUUCAUCUCCGAGGAAAUGCUGGAGAAAUACAUAAGCCGGUGUAUUGUAUGUGAGGCCAGAGCCAACGUGAUCGCGGUCCACAGUCAGACCAGAACGCUGCCAGACUGUCCUUCAGGCUGGGACCCUCUCUGGUCAGGAUACUCCUUUGUAAUGGAAACAGGAGUGGGGGCGGAGGGGUCGGGUCAGCCUCUGGCCUCUCCUGGAUCCUGUCUGGAAAACUUCAGAAAGGUUCCCUUCAUCGAGUGUCACAACAAAGGAACCUGCAACUAUUACACCGACUCCUACAGCUACUGGCUGGCUGCUCUCAACCCCAGCGACAUGUUCAGUAAACCGAGGCCUCACACUGAUGCAGGAGCGUUUCCACACAGUCUGAUCAGCCGCUGUCGAGUCUGUAUGAAGCGACCGUGAACAUCAACGCUUCUGCUGCUGAUGCUACGGAUACUACUGUUACUACUACUGUAAAUAUUACUGCUGCUAACACUACUGAUAUUAAUACUACUGAUAACGGUGCUACUUCGGCUUCUGUGAACUCACACCAGCGGUGAGCGAGUUACAGAGAACAGCUUUACGCUAAUGAGCGUUGAUGUGAUGCAGUUUUGACCAAUCAGAGGGCUCUGUUUGAGAUGCAGCCUCAAAGUCCUGAUCAACAGUUUAUUCUCUAGGAUUAGUUUUCACCAUCUCAAAUUUUUCUCUUGGAUCACCUGUGUGCACUGUUGCUACUGCAAUUACUACUUCAGCUGGUACUACUACUGAUACUGCUACUGCUACUACUACUGAUACUACUACUGAUACUACUACUGAUACUGCUACUGCUACUACUACUGCUACUACUACUGA